CUACACGCAUACCGCUAGGCAAGCAAGUAUCUGGAAGAAGUCGGAACCACAAGUAAAUAAAUGCGAGUGCUUGGCUUGGGUUGGACCCCAGUCUCAAUUCUCUCUCAACGCCAGAAAGAGAUCAUCCGAACAACCCCCGUCUCAAAGCUACCGGUGGUUUAUAGUGAGUGGUGGUGAUAAAUUGAAAGAGUCAAAAUGCCCAAGAAAAUGGACGAAGUCUUCGGGUUGCAGGAAGUGAGGGAACAAAGGAUGCCUUUGUUUAAGGCAUUGGUAGCCGAGUUCUUAGGACUGGUGCUUCUGGUAUUUUUUGGAUGUGGUACGGCAAACGCUUGUGCAAGAGGAUUAAUUGACGGACGACCACUCCCACCCGAUUUUAUCACCUGUGUCUCCCUCGCUUUCGGACUGACUAUUGCUGGCACUGCUCAGGCUAUCGGACACAUCAGUGGGGGUCACAUUAAUCCUGCUGUUACUCUCGGGAUACUCGUUUCUGGAAAACUCAGUUUACUGCGAGGAGUGCUUUACAUGAUUGCUCAAUUCCUCGGAGGUAUCGUGGGUGCGGCUUUGCUGAAGGCCGUUGUUCCUGAUGCUGCUGACUGGCCACAAAACCACUUGGGAGCUAAUGGAUUACAAACUGGGGUCCAAGCUUAUCAAGGAAUGAUUGUUGAGGCGAUGGUCACCUUCAUCUUGGUUUUGGUAGUUUAUGGAUGUUGCGACAGCCGUCGAGAUGACGUGAAAGGUUCCAUCCCAUUGGCGAUUGGUCUCACCGUGACUUUGUCUCAUUUGCUCUCAAUUGGAUUUACUGGGGCUGGACUAAACCCUGCUCGUACAUUGGGCCCCGCUAUCUUGACAGGAAAAUUUGACGACCUUUGGGUGUACUUCGUAGGUCCUUUCCUCGGGGCAGCCAUUGCUGGAAUCCUGUACACCGUGUUGUUCAAGCACGUACGACCUGUCCCCUCCGAAGAUUUCUAAUCUCAAGUACUUCAAAGUUGGAUGUCACCAAUUUAUCUGCCAAUUUUUAAAAGAAGGAUUUAUUAGGUUAAGUAUGUGUACCGUUAAUUCAGUAUGAUCCAAUUUGUCACGAAGUGUAAUGUUUGUCAACGAUUUCCUUGAUUUACAAUUUUUAUAUUGAGCUGGAAUCUACAUAGAUUACGUCUCUGGUAUACUCUUGAUCUGAUUCCUAUUCUAAGUUAUUUUAGCAUAACCUAAAAUUUUACCAUAAUGAAUGAGUUAAAUGAAUGUGUGUAUGACAAAGUAGUUUGCACCUACUGCUUGAUUUGAACUAUUUAAUAAAUCCAGAUUGUUACAAAAUUUAAGAUAUCCAGAAUGAUUGAAUAAUGUAAUAGACACAUAAUUCUAUGAAAUCUUGAGUGUAAUACGUAUGUAUGUAAGACCUUAUUAUAUAAUUCUAAGAAAUGGCCAUAGCCAUAUCAAUUAAUCGGUUCAGUGCUUUAACCUGUAAUAUAUGACUAACUUUAUAUAGAGUGAAGAUUUUAUAUGCAUACAAAGUACAUAAUGCUUUCACAAAUAAAAAUAUAUUAUAUGUACGUAUUAUAUGUACUCAAUUUACAUAACUUAAGAUUAACUAUGAGUACCUUUUUACCAAAAUGGAUAAACCGAAUCGUGCAAAUAAAUAUAUUUGUCAAACACUUCAA